AUGCGCUGUACGGUCGACCUAGUCAAAGCAGGCUAGUCUAAACAAGUGGUUAAUAGGAGAUAUUUUUAAUUGUUACGUUUAAAAUUCAGUGUCCUACGCCCAUCUUUUCUUCUCAUCAUGUGUUUCUUGUGAUGUGAAUGUGAACUAUAAGAACGAAAAGAAAUCGUACGAAAGUGUGCUGCAGUAACGUUGUGCAUAUUCAAACGACAUAUUGACUAACUGUACGCAGCGCGGCGUGACUUACACAUGCAAAAAACUGUUCCAAGUGUCGUUUGACAGCUUCCUCACAAACGAAGUGUUUUCAUUCAAGGAAUUUUGAAGGGAGCAGAACAGAUGGUAAUCUGAAGGUGCAAUGUCUGGAGAAUACGGAGGAUGUGGUGAUGAGGAAUUGACGAAUUAAUUGGCUUACGAAACUGGUAAUCAAGAAUCAGAAUAAUGGAUCAACAUCAAAUGAGCAGAAAGCAAGCAGCUAAUUCACCAGAAGUGGCGUUAGCUAACGAAGUGUUCGAUCAGUUUUGCAAUGCAACUACGUUGAAAUCCAUUCUAGGCUAUUACAGACAUUUAUGUGAAUUAUUAAAAAUCCGACCAAACGUUAUUAAUCAGUUUUAUCCGAAAUUAAAGACGAAGCUGCGAUCAUGGAAAGCGCAAGCGUUGUGGAAGAAAUUCGAUCAGCGAGCCAGUCAUAAAUGUUAUAAUCGCGGUAAAGCAUGUCAAAAUACGAGGGUCCUUAUUAUCGGUGGAGGGCCAUGUGGUUUGCGAUCAGCUAUAGAGGCACAAUUAUUAGGUGCUAAAGUUGUUGUUAUAGAGAAAAGAGACCGGAUGUCUAGAAACAAUGUUUUACAUCUAUGGCCUUUCGUCAUUCAGGAUCUACGAGGUUUAGGUGCAAAGAAGUUCUUUGGAAAAUUUUGUGCCGGUUCUAUUGAUCAUAUCAGUAUUCGUCAGCUGCAAUGUAUCUUGUUAAAAGUUGCUUUGAUUCUCGGCAUCGAGUUCUAUGAAAAUGUGAGCUUUGAUUCUCUGAUUCAGCCACCAAGCAAUCAGGAAGAUGGCAAGAUUGGUUGGAGAGCGAAAACUUUGCCUACAGACCAUCCUGUCAUUCAAUAUGAAUUUGAUGUAUUAAUUGGAGCUGACGGCAAACGAAACACCUUAGAAGGCUUCAAACGAAAAGAGUUUCGAGGAAAACUAGCUAUUGCAAUUACAGCGAAUUUUAUAAAUAAACGAACCGAGGCAGAGGCGCGUGUGGAAGAGAUCAGUGGUGUCGCUUUUAUAUUCAAUCAAAAGUUUUUUAAAGAAUUGUAUCAGGAAACGGGUAUAGACUUGGAAAAUAUCGUCUAUUAUAAAGAUGACACACAUUACUUCGUUAUGACUGCCAAAAAACAUAGUUUAAUCGAUAAAGGCGUUAUUCUGCAGGAUCACGCUGAUACUGCAAAAUUACUCGCUAAAGAAAAUGUAGAUCGAGAGGCUCUAAUGUUAUAUGCACGAGAAGCAGCAGAAUUUUCGACAGGAUACCAAAUGGUGGACAUGGAAUUUGCGGUGAAUCAUUACGGACAAUCAGAUGUAGCUAUGUUUGAUUUUACUUCAAUGUAUGCAGCAGAAAAUGCAAGUCGUGUUUUGGAGCGCUAUGGUCAUCGGCUACUCAUGAUUCUUGUAGGCGACAGUCUUCUCGAGCCGUUUUGGCCGACUGGUUCUGGAUGCGCAAGAGGAUUUUUAAGUUCUUUGGAUGCUGGCUGGGCAAUCAAGAGCUGGGGCAUGUCAUUAUCACCAUUAGAAGUAAUUGCAGAACGCGAGUCAAUUUACAGAUUAUUAGGACAGACGACACCGGAAAACUUGAAUAGAGAUUACGCUGCGUACACUUUGGAUCCUCAUACAAGAUAUCCAAAUCUCAACGUACGCGCUGUAACUUCGGUACAAGUAUGCAGUCUUCUCGACACUGAUGAUCCUGAAAGUAUCAAACAACCUGAAGUACAGAACGAGAUUGAUAUUCCAAAGAAACGAAGACGUCGCGAUAUGAAAACUGGCGCUCAGACUCAGGUUCAUCCAGAUACAUUGCUUCGUUGGCUGCAGAAACAAGUUGCAUUGUAUGAUAAAAUUCAUAUCGAAGACAUGGGUGUCUCCUUCAAAGAUGGCUUAGCUAUCUGUGCAAUUAUUCAUCGAUACCGUCCAGAUCUAAUCGAUUUUUAUAAUUUAAAUACUGAAAACGCUGCGAAGAAUAAUCAACUUGCCUUUGAUAUACUGGAAAAGGAAUUGGAUAUAAAGCCGAUAAUGACUGGAAUGGAAAUGGCUGGAUGUGACGUUCCUGACAAACUUGCCAUGUUUUCUUAUUUAACGCAAAUAUAUGAAGCUUUCCGAGGAGAAAUUCCAUAUAUUAAACAUUCAAAACUAGUAAGUAACUGCGCAACUUGCUUAUCAACAUAAUAUAUACAGGGUGUUCCGUAAGUCGAGGUCAAUCGCUCGAGAGAUGAAUGGGGAACC